UCUUCCUGUUAAUUUUCUGAUGUGUUUGGAUCUCGAAGGUUCUCUGUUUCUCUUUGUUAGUUAUGCUCAGUUUUUGUAUCUGGAAAAGAAUCAAUUAAUUUCGCGUUUUAGAAAAUCAGGUGUGGUCUCUUUAAAGAUGAAAAUUUGAGAACGAUAGUGAAGUGGUGGUGAGUCCGUUCAGGUUCAGAUUAGUCGGAGUCUUCAUAAAGAUGGUGUUCCGGUAAGAGACUGGAUCUGUCUCCCUAGAAGUUUUUCUCUAAAAUUCACCUCUGACGGUUUGAUGGAGAACUUUUACGGUCGAUAGUGACCAAAGGAAGAAAGAACAUUACAAACAGAAUGGAGGUAAAGUACGGCGGAUUUCGGUCCGUCAUGUCACCGGCUGUGGGGGGUGCCAGAGUGGUAUGGCGACUUAAUGUUUGCAAUGCAUGGAAAGAGCACCAAGAGAUCACGCCCAGAGCCGCCGCCGCUUCAAUCGCUCAAGAAGCAAGCACCGAACGCAAAGAUCAGCGACGAUUUGGAUCUCGAUGUUUCCAGCGAUCUCAAAGGAAUCAUGUCGGCGUUGCAGCAAAUCAGAGAGAAAGCGCACGAGGAUGGCCGUAAGAAGAAGGAAGAGAGCAUCUCCAGUGUGUCUACUGAGGUAAAGUCAAAGAUCGAUGAGCUGAAGUCAAAGCUUGAGAAAGAAAGACAAAACUUUGCUAAAGCACUUACAAAGAGUUCAAAGGAGUGUGAGAGUCUCUUGAAGGAUGAAGCAGCCAAAUUUGAGGAGCUUCAUCACAAGUUCAUGAAGGAAAAAUCUGAUCAUCUACAGGGUCUGAAAGACAUUGUUUCCAAAUUUGAGGAGGACAAGGAGAGGCUCUUUAUGCGAUAUGAGCAACAAAGGAAGAAGGACAAGACAAUGAUAUCAGACCAGGAGAAGUUCUGCGCGGAAAAGCUUGCUCAAUUGGAAGAGUCGCUCAAGACAAAGAAACGGGGUGACAAAACGUUCAGCAUACUGAGGAAAACUCUCGGCUCUUUUCUGGAGAAUGAAGCUUCUGAUGAGGAGUUCCCACCUGAUGAGUGAAUCAUCUACGUCUCUUCACUUGACGCUGCAAGAAAGUUAAAAACCCUUUGACUUUGAUCCAGCGGGACCUUUCUUUAUAUAUUUUCAGGUAUUGGCCUUGCCAAUUAUAGCACAGAACACUACUCUGAAGAGUAGUAUUUCAAAGCUUUCAAUAUUAUGACCAUGAACCUUAUUGUCUUCUAUUCUAUGUUAUAGUUUCAAAUGAAAGAUUAAUUACACUGGU